CUUUUUUUUCUUCUUCCUCCACUUUAUUCCUUGAAAAUGUCUGACGAUCACGAUCACACCUUCGAAACCGCCGAUGCUGGUGCCUCUUUGACUUUCCCUAUGCAAUGUUCUGCUUUGAGAAAGAACGGCCACGUCGUUAUCAAGGACAGACCCUGUAAGAUCAUUGAAAUGACCACCUCCAAGACUGGUAAGCACGGUCACGCCAAGGUCCACUUGGUUGGUACUGAUAUCUUCACUGGCAGAAAGUAUGAAGAUCUCUGUCCCUCCACCCACAACAUGAACGUCCCUAACGUCAACCGUCAAGAUUAUGAUCUUAUCAACAUUGAUGAUGGUUUCCUCUCUUUGAUGGAAAAGGAUGGUUCUACCAAGGAUGAUGUCAGACUCCCUGAAGGUGAACUCGGUGAAAAGAUGGAAGCAGACUUUGAAGAUGGUAAGGAACUCAUCGUCUCUGUUGUUUCUGCCAUGGGUGAAGAACACGCUUUGUCCUACAAGGAAGCCCCUAAGUCUUAAAUGUACUUAUUUAUCUGUUGUAUAAAAAGUGUCUUUUGUAUAAGAAAUUCUUUUAUAUUAAAGAGCUAUAAAACUCAAA